AGCUAGGGUUUUACGAAGUGCAGCCGGACGGUAUACACAGGGACAGCUGUUAAGGGUUGAGGGGACGACGGAAAAAUGAAGACAAUACUCUCAUCUGAGACUAUGGACAUCCCCGAUGGGGUUAAGAUCAAGAUUAACGCCAAGGUCAUAGAGGUGGAGGGUCCUCGAGGCAAGCUCACACGCAAUUUCAAGCAUUUGAACCUCGAUUUCCAUCUCAUCAAGGACGAGGCUACCGGAAAACGCAAACUCAAGAUCGAAGCCUGGUUCGGUUCCAGGAAAACAAGCGCUGCCAUCCGCACCGCCCUCAGCCACGUUGAGAAUCUCAUCACCGGUGUCACCAAGGGCUACCGCUACAAGAUGCGGUUUGUCUAUGCUCACUUUCCUAUCAACGCCUCCAUCACCAACUCUAAUACUGCCAUUGAGAUUCGUAACUUCCUUGGGGAGAAGAGGGUCAGGAAAGUGGAUAUGCUUGAAGGUGUAACUGUUGUUCGGUCUGACAAAGUUAAAGAUGAGCUUGUAUUGGAUGGCAAUGACAUUGAACUGGUGUCACGGUCAGCUGCCUUGAUAAACCAGAAAUGCCAUGUUAAGAAUAAAGAUAUCAGGAAAUUUCUUGAUGGUAUCUAUGUCAGCGAGAAAGGGACUGUUGUUGAGGAAGAUUAGAUUUAGUAUUCUACGUCAUAUUUAUGAUCAUUUUCCCUGGCUAUGUUAUCUUUCUGUUCUGUGUUAUCAUUAACUUUGGAUAUCUAUGAUUUUGGCUUAGAUUACUUGGAAUUGAUGCACCUUGUGUUUCAUUCGGUGUGUCAUGAGAGUUUUAAAGAAAAUUGUUGGGCAUUUGAAAAUUUCUAUGCAUCUUAUUCCAUUGUUUUUCUUUUA